AUGGGAGCCCUGCCACGCAGGAGGCGGGGGGAGGCGGGGGUUCCGCCGGAGGGCCGACCCCCGCAACACCGGCUGCUGGGCCCCGGCCCGACCCAGCUGCGCAGGAGCCUGCCUCCGCCAGAAGCGGCUCUCGCACCCCAACACAUGCGGGGCGCUACUCGGGAGGUAACCGGGGAACGGGGCAGCCCUGCCCGCGCGCGGGUGCUGCCUGCAACGACCGCGGCCCCGGCCCGGCCCCGGCACAGCCCCCCCUCGGGGCAGGGGGCGCCCGGGCCAGCGCCGGGAGGGGCGGGAGGGCCGCGGCGCCGCCCAUCGGGACCGCGGAGCGGCUCUGCGGCCCCGCCCCCCGCGCCGCCGCCGGUCGGUUCCAGAGUGAACGGCCCCGGGGUAGGGGGCAGGGGUCGCCGGGAAGGUGGGCCCGUACCCUUCCUCGGCGCCUGCGAGGGCCGGCGGCGCCCGGCGCUGGGGACAGAAGGGAAGGGCGGCUGCUCGGCGCCGCAACCCGCGCUCCCGGCCCGUUACCUGCGCGGCGCCCGCCCGCCUGCCUCGCCUCCCCCGGCCGCGGCGGAGCGGGGACGCGAGCGCGCCGGAAACAGACACGGCGCGCGGGGGGAAGGGCGCCGCGGGCUCACCUGCGCCCCCGCCGCCCCCCGCCUCCUCAGAGCCGCCGCUGGCCGGCACCAACUCCCGCAGUCGGCCGGGGGGAGGUGCGGGGCUGCCUGGCGGUGGCGGCGGCCGCCCUCUCCUUGCAGGCCCCCACGGCGGCUCAGAGGAGCCAGCUGCCCGUCUCCCGGCUGGGCCGCGGCGCCUCGGAGAGGCACCUCUUUAUCCGCGUCCCCCCCGCACGCGCCCUCAUGGUCUCGUCCGCCGCUGCCCCGCGGGCGGGCGGGGGAGGAGAGGAGCAGCUCAGGGACAGCGACGCGGGGGGGUGGUCCCCUCCGCCGUGCGCCCCCGGCCGGCGGUUGCGCCGCUCCGCGGCCUGAGCGAGGCCGGGAAGGGCUCUCACCUGCUCGCCGAGGUGAGGCUGCGGGUGUUGGCCAGGGCUUCGGGAGGGGCGAGACGGACACCAGCGGGGGAGCGAGGGGGAGGUGCGCGGCGGGAGGGCAACGGUGGGGCGCAGGCGUGGGCUCACCUGCGGGGCCGCCCGCGGCGGGAAGCGCCCGGCGCGCCCGGGAAAGCGGAGCCGCGUUGGCUAAUGGGCGCCGGGCUGCCGGCAGCCCUGACAGAAAUUACCUGUCGCCGACCGUCGCCAGCAGCCCUGCAGGUGCUGAGCGAAGCUGCCCGGCUGCGGGACAGCCCCGACCGUUGCUCCCAUCGCGGCAGGCUCGAGGUCAUCCCGCGCCUUCUCCGCGCCCCCUCGAACGCGGGCGCUCCCGCCGGCCGCACCGCACCGGCCCGGCCCGCCGCCUCCUGGCCUCGGGCUGCCCGGUGCUCCGAGGGCGGCAGGGUGCCCUGGCGCCUGGCCCUGCGGCCCCCAGCCCCAUGAGGUCAUAG